AUGAUCUUGUGGUUACUCAGUCAUUGUAAGCCCUACAAACUUCUUCAAUUUCUAUUUCAGAAUUCAUCAUUAUCUAAACAGCUCAACCUGUCAGUCUCCAAGUGUUCGAUCUACAAGUGGUCAUCUUCUUCACAAUCACUUCUGAGCAAAAGCCUCAUUAUUCUCCUCGUCUACAAAAUCGUCAAAGGACCUAAUUGUCUUCUCAUUCUUUCCUCUGUGACCGACAAAUCUCAGAACCUUGUCCCUUCAAACGACGGAUGGAUCCUUCUUGAUCAACUCCGAACCAUCAUAGGCCUCGUUCAAGAACACGCUAGAUUACUUUUUCCUUUCAGAAACGUAGAAAAUCCCCAGGUGCUUAAGCAGAAGCCUCAUCAGCUUAUGUGGCAUGCAUCAUCGACCUCUCUGCCGCCGCCAUUAUCCACUGAGUCGAUUCGCGUGCGGUUCGCGCCUUCUCCCACCGGGAACCUCCACGUCGGCGGUGCUCGCACAGCACUCUACAAUUACUUGUUCGCCAGGUCCAAAGGCGGCAAAUUUGUGCUCCGAAUUGAGGACACUGACCUGGACAGAUCCACUAAGGAAUCAGAGGACGCCUUGCUCCGUGAUCUUUCCUGGCUUGGACUUGAUUGGGAUGAAGGCCCAGGUAUUGGUGGAAACUAUGGUCCCUACCGGCAGUCUGAAAGGAAUGCUCUCUAUAAACAGUAUGCUGAUAAACUCUUGCAAAUGGGUCAUGUUUACCGCUGCUUCUGCUCAAACGAGGAGCUUGAACAAAUGAAAGAGACUGCUAAGCUGAAGCAGUUGCCUCCUGUAUACGCUGGCAAGUGGUCUACUGCCACAGAGACAGAAGUCCAAGAGGAGUUGGCAAAAGGGACACCUUAUACUUAUCGUUUUAGAGUUCCUAAGACAGGAAGUUUGAAAGUCAACGAUCUCAUUCGCGGUGAGGUCUGUUGGAAUUAUGAAACACUUGGAGAUUUUGUGAUUAUGAGAAGUAAUGGGCAGCCAGUAUACAAUUUUUGUGUUACUGUUGAUGAUGCUACCAUGGGUAUCUCUCAUGUUAUUAGAGCAGAGGAGCACUUGCCAAAUACCUUGAGGCAAGCUUUGAUAUAUAAGGCUCUGGGGUUCUCAAUGCCUACAUUUGCACAUGUUUCUUUGAUUCUUGCACCUGAUAAGAGCAAACUCUCAAAACGGCAUGGGGCAACUUCAGUAGGUCAGUUCAAGGAGAUGGGUUUUCUUCCUCAAGCAAUGGUGAACUAUCUUGCCCUAUUGGGCUGGGGUGAUGGUACUGAGAAUGAAUUUUUCACCCUUGACGAGCUUGUUGAUAAAUUCACUAUUGAGCGCGUUAAUAAGGGUGGAGCCGUGUUUGAUUCUGCCAAGUUAAGGUGGAUGAAUGGUCAAUAUUUGAGAUCUCUUCCAACCGAAGAACUAAACAAGCUCAUUGGUGAGCGGUGGAAAAGCACUGGCUUUGUCACAGAAUCAAGGGGGACAUUUGUAGAAAAUGCUGUUCAGCUGCUAAAGGAUGGGAUUGACGUGAUAACAGAUGCUGACAAACUUCUUUCAAAUCUACUGUCCUAUCCUUUAUACUCAACUCUUGCUAGUCCUGAAAGUAAAACUGUAAUAGAAGAUAAACUGUCGGAAGUUGCUGCGAGUUUGUUAGCUGCAUAUGAUAGUGGGGAGUUUGUUAGUGCCCUUGAAGAAGGUAUUGGUGGAUGGCAGAAAUGGGUUAAGAGUUUUGGUAAAUCUACGAAACGCAAGGGAAAAUCUCUGUUCAUGCCCCUUCGAGUUUUGCUGACAGGAAUGCUUCAUGGUCCUGAAAUGGGGUCGGCUUUGCUUCUCAUCUAUGAAGCUGGAAAAUGUGGAGUGAUAGCACCUCAAUCUGGUUUAGUGACAUUGGACGAGAGAAUCAAAAUGCUUCGCGAGGUUGAUUGGGAUUUGCUUAAUAAUCCUACCGACUGUCACGGCACGGCAGCAGCUGACAGCAGUCCCCUACCCUUACCCGUAGCUACGACCCACGUGCCGCCAAAGAGGAACGAUUCAGCCGACGACAGACGGGAUGCGGCGAUCGAAGCCCUCACUCGCCAGCACGAGUCGAUGGGCCGCGAUUUGGCGGACCUAACGGCGGGCAUGGAGGAUAUUCGUGAGGCUCUCCACACCUUGAUGGGACGCGAGCAGACGAACCGUGACGGGCCCGAUCAUCGGGACGGCGGUCGCGGUGGGCAGCGUGGUGGCCGUGGGGGUCGCGGGAUGGCAAUGGGUGACAAACCCGCUGGGGGACCCCCCCGUCACCCGCCCCCAUUAGGGAAAAUACCCCCGUCACCCGCCCCAUCACCCAUCUCGGGUCCAGAUUUCCCCCAGACCCGGCACCCGUGUGGGUGA